AACACCAAAACCCAAAAGCCCCAACUUCUGACUUGAGAGACUACACUCUCUUAUACGCUCUCACAAAUCACAGGCUUCACCUACUCUCUCUUUCUCUCUCUCUCACUACCCAGAAAAUUCAGAAUCGGCUGAAAACCCACUUCAAGAUUUGGCAUUCUGCUUCAAUUUCUUGAAUCUGGUUUGUGGGUUUCUUCAUUCUUGUACUUAUGGAGGAGAAGGGAGCUCUGUGAGUUUUCUUCUCUAGCUGAAAAUUGAAAACCCUUGUGUUUUUGUCGUCGUCUUCUUGUUCUUUCUUCUUCUUCAUCUUCUUCGAGAGGGCAAUGUGAGGAUAGCAGUGUUUCGAAACAGAGAGGGCCUAUGAUGGUGGCAGCCAUUUCAGGAGCAGCAGCUUCAACUAACCCUCCAAACCCAAAGACAUCUUCUUCUCUUCGUCAACAACAAGACCACCAAACCCAUCUCCAGAACCCAUCGAGACCACCUCUCUUGCCUUCAGAGAAAAAUAAUGGCGUUCUUCCCAAAAAACCCAGAGGUAGACAAGUCUCUUCCAGGUACAUGUCUCCUUCACCUUCUUCUUCCUCUACUUCAAAUUCAACCACAUCGUCCUCUUCCUCUUCUCGGAGAUGUCCUUCUCCCUUGCUCUCACGCUCCACCAAUUCCACGUUGGUUGCAACCCCGAUGAACUCUUCGGCGCCGAAGCGGGCCCAAUCAGUGGACCGGCGGCGUCCCGGGACGACGGCCCGCCCCACGACUCCUCUCCCGGAAUCCACCAGGCAAGGCAAUGCCGCUACGGAAGUCUCAGCGGCCACUAAGCUUUUGGUCACUUCGACUAGGAGUUUAUCGGUUUCGUUCCAAGGGGAAGCCUUCUCGCUUCCGAUUAGCAAGACUAAGACAGCUGCGACGCCGAGCUCGCGAAAGGCUACGCCAGAGCGACGGCGUUCGACCCCCUUAAGAGGAAAAAUCGGCGAUGGAGGAGGAGAUCAGGUGGAGAAUUCCAGGCCUGGUGAUCAACAUCGGUGGCCGGCGCGAAGCCGGCAAGGGAGUUUGAAUUUGGGUACGAAUCCGCUGUCUCGAAGUGUGGAUUUUGGCGGGGAUAGUAAGAGACUCAAUGGGUUCGGAUCUGGGAGUGUAGUUCGGGCAUUGCAGCAAUCGAUGAUAGAUGAGAGUAGAAGGGCCUCCUUUGAUGGAAGAUUGAGCUUGGAUUUGGGUAGUGCUGAGCUUUUAAAGGCAGUUCAGCAAAUCCCAGAUGCUAAUUCAGUGAAUGAGUCUUCUGUGCCUUCUGAUCUUACUGCUUCUGAUACGGACAGUGUCUCAUCUGGUAGCACAUCAGGAGUGCAAGACUGCGGUGGGGUUUCCAAGGGCCGAGCCGGGCCUCGUGGAAUUGUGGUGUCGGCGAGGUUUUGGCAAGAGACAAAUAGCCGUUUGAGGCGUUUGCAGGAUCCGGGUUCGCCAUUGUCGACCAGUCCUAGUUCCAGAAUGGGAGCUCCGUCGAAGUUAGCUCAGCCUAGAAAGUUUAGUGAUAACCCAUUAUCCUCUCCAAGAACAAUGUCUUCCCCUAUUAGAGGAGCCACUCGGCCUGCGUCGCCAAGUAAACUGUGGUCAUCUUCUUCAACACCAUCACCAUCCAGAGGGAUAGCUAGUCCUUCCCGGGUGAGAAAUGGAGUUUCUGGUUCCUCGAAUGGUAGUUACCCUGGCACGCCUUCAAUUCUGAGUUUUUCUGUGGAUAUUCGGAGAGGGAAGAUGGGGGAGGAUCGAAUUGUUGAUGCACACAUGUUGAGACUUCUGUAUAACCGGUAUCUUCAAUGGCGGUUUGUAAAUGCAAAUGCAGAUGCUACCUUCAUGGUGCAGAAACUGAAUGCAGAGAAAAAUUUAUGGAAUGCUUGGGUAACAAUCUCAGAGCUACGACAUUCUGUUACACUUAAAAGGAUCAAGUUACUAUUGCUGAGGCAAAAAUUGAAGCUUACUUCCAUCAUCAAGGGACAAAUUACGUAUUUGGAAGAUUGGGCCCUUCUAGAUAGAGAUCAUUCUAGUUCCUUGCUUGGAGCAACUGAAGCCUUAAAAGCCAGUACACUACGUCUUCCAGUUGUUGGGAAAACAGUAGCUGACAUUCAAAAUUUAAAGGAUGCUGUGGGUUCUGCCGUUGAUGUGAUGCAGGCAAUGGGAUCAUCAAUAUGCUCUCUUUCUCUGAAGAUGGAGGAAAUGAACUCGGUGGUGGCAGAACUUGUGAAAGUAACUGGGAAAGAACGGUUUCUGCUUGAACAAUGCAAAGAUUUUUUGUCCACAGUAGCAGCCAUGCAGGUCAAGGAUUGUAGCUUGAGAACACAUAUAAUACAACUAAAUCGUGUACCAACUACGAGCAGCCUGACAACACGUGUGUAGAACUGAUCUGAUUUUGACUACCACUCACUCUUAUGCUAACAUUACAACCCGAUCCAUUUCUUUUACCACUACUACUACCAAUGAGUUCGAGGAGGCAGCCCCGGGAGGUAAUAAGCUUGAUGGAUUAAGAUUUUAAGUCAUUAAGAGAUAUUAUUACUUAGCUGGUUUUGACUUCUUAUUUGGCAUAUUUUUUUGCAACCUGUUGUGGUCUUCUAUGUCAAGUCAUGUAUCAGAAAAGGAGAAAAAAAAACCAAAAAAAGAAAAAAAAUGCCCCCUUUCUUUUUACAAAUUAGCUGUAUAAUACAAGAACUCUUUUUUCCUUGAGGCAAAAGGAAAUUUAUAUGUAUAUAAUGUAAUUGACCUGAUCGCUAUUGAUUAAGUAGAUUGUGCCAAAAUUUAUUCUAAA